ACAGUUGCAGUUGAUGGUGUUGAUUCUCCAGGUUGAUCUCAGGUGUUGAUAGAUUUAUUCCAGGCGAACGCCAAGUUAAUACCUUUGAAAUUGAUAUAAACUAAUUUAAAUGCUUUAUAAGUUUGUCAAGAACUAUAAAUUGAUUAUUUUGUCCCAUUCUUAUCCACCGAAAAUAUCCAUUUGAAUAUCAUGUCCCGAGUGAUUCGAAUCAAGCACGUUCUGAAGGAGCAGGAAGGAAAUGAAUUUGAUGUACCGACGGCAAACCAAACCAUCGUCCGCGUAGUGGCCAGCCGAGGAAAUAACCUACACGAGGUUGAAACGGCAACCGAGGGGGAAGAACGCUACCUCGUAUCGAUGCCGGUAAAGUUUCGCAAAAAUGUCUGGAUCAAACGGGGUGACUUCGUGUUGGUGGAACCGAUCGAAGAGGGCAAUAAAGUGAAAGCGGAAAUUUGCCGCAUCCUGACGCCGGAACACGUUAAAGUGUUCGAGAAGGAGGGCGUUUGGCCCAAACAGUUCACCAAGAAGCGGGAACACGAGGACGACCUUGACGAAGAUGGACUGGUGCGGAACACCAAUAGGCAAAUGGUCGACGAAGACGAUACUAGCGAUGAUGAUGUGAGCACGGAUGGGAGCGAAGAUGAACGAGUUUAGGCUUAGUAUUGAUUAUUUACCUAGAAGGAGAUGAUUCAUUCUUAACUAGUUAAGUACACUAAAUAUUAAAUGUUAUACUUGUACAACAGCUAAAAA